AAUUAGGACAACCGAUUUACCCAAGACUAGCCGCGAAAAUGCCAGCCACAAAGAAUCCUGGUACGCCGCGAUAUACACCCAGCUGUUUAACGACAUACAGUGGCAGGAGUCGGUCAGAAGCAUUUAUUUGUCCAGACUGUGUUUAAACGUGUGAAGUCGCCACUAUGUCGGCUGUAAGGCGACGUGGACCCCAUCGCAUUGCGUAAACUAUGAGAACCAUCGAAAGUGCCCCCUCCCCGGACAUGGAACAUACAUCUCAUAUAAACGGUGGUGCAUCAGGUAUCUGCACAUUACACCUUCUCAGACUCUGUGACAGGAUGUGUGACAAGAUGGUAUUGAGGUCAUUAAUUUUCGCUGCGGUGACGGCCUGCGUGCUUGCCCGGCCGGAACCACCGUCAUCGUACGGGCCACCUUCAACUUCCUAUGGAGUCCCAGCUCCUCAGUAUGGGCCACCUCAGCAGCCGAUUGUUCACAAGCAUGUGUACGUACAUGUGCCACCCCCUGACAACGAACGCCCACCACCAGCGAAACAAAUUUACGUGCCACCACCGCAGAAGCAUUAUAAGAUAGUGUUCAUCAAGGCACCAGCUCCUCCGGCACCAACCGCGCCAGUCAUCCCUGUGCAACCCCAGAACGAGGAAAAGACCCUCGUAUACGUGCUGGUUAAGAAACCAGAAGAUCAACCUGACAUUGUCAUUCCUACUCCAGCACCCACUCAACCAUCCAAGCCGGAGGUCUACUUCAUCAGAUACAAGACACAGAAACAAGAAGGAUACCCUGACGCCUCACCACCAGCACCUUCAUACGGUCCACCUGCAUCUGAACCGUCAUCCGAAUACGGCGCCCCUUAAACGAUUUAUUAAUUUUAUUGAUCCCGCGUGGCACAAUUAUUACAAAAUAAUUUACCAAAUACCUUAAUACUUUAAUUGGUGUAGUAUAGCAACAAAUGCAAUAGCCGCAAUGUUCUCGUUAGAUUAAAUUAAAAUUGUCAAAAUAUAUUUUGGGAUUGUAUUGUGACAGACGUAAGGUUAUAUUUGCCAACUUGAACUAUACUGCAUCUUUUUGUCUUGCAUCAAAUUGAUGUGUGCUUGUAAAUAUUAUUUUAUACUUUGUACGUAUUAUUAAAUGUUUUAAAAAAUA